UGAUUGGUGAGUGUACUUGAAAAAAAAAAAGAAAAAAAAAAGAAUGGGGUCCUCAAAAAACAAAGGAGAGACUACUGAUCCUCUGUUAGAAUCUAGCUAUGGGGGCGGCGUGGAGGAAGUCAGCUCCGAGCUGGAAGACGUACUCUGCGACACCACCUUAUCAGGGUGGCGCCGCUUCCAGAAAGCCAUCGUGAUCGAGCUCAGAUACCUUCUCCGGCUGGCGGGCCCCGCCGUCUUAGUUUACUUGCUCAACAGUGUCGUUUCGAUGUCCACUCAGAUCUUCUGCGGCCAUCUCGGCAACCUCGAACUCGCCGCCUCCGCCCUCGGCAACAACGGCGUCCAACUUCUCGCCUAUGGACUCAUGCUCGGAAUGGGGAGCGCGGUGGAAACACUGUGUGGGCAGGCGUACGGCGCACAACAAUACGAAAUGCUCGGGAUAUACAUGCAGAGAUCAGUAAUCCUGUUAAUGUUGACCGGAAUUCCGUUGACGUUUGUAUACAUAUUCUCUAAGCCAUUGUUGGUUCUUCUCGGCGAAUCCGACCGCGUCGCCUCUGCAGCUGCGCUCUUCGUGUACGGUUUGAUACCUCAAAUAUUUGCGUACGCCGCAAAUUUCGCGAUACAGAAAUUCCUGCAGGCGCAGAGUAUAGUGAACCCGAGUGCGUAUAUAUCGGCCGGUGCGCUGGUUGUGCACAUUUUGAUGACGUGGGUUGCUCUGUAUGUGUUCAACUGGGGGCUAUUGGGGGCCGGUUUGGUGCUGAGUUUGUCGUGGUGGAUUAUUGUUAUUGCUCAGUUUAUCUACAUUUUGACUUCCGAGCGGUGCAAAAAGACGUGGAACGGGCUUAGUACGCGGGCUUUUUCGGGCCUUUGGGGUUUCUUUAAGCUCUCUGCUGCUUCUGCUGUUAUGCUCUGUUUGGAGACUUGGUAUUUUCAAAUUCUGGUUUUGAUUGCUGGUUUGCUGCCUGACCCUGAAAUUGCUUUGGAUGCUCUUGCUAUUUGUAUGACAAUCCUUACUUGGGUUUUCAUGGUGUCAGUUGGAUUCAAUGCUGCAGUAAGUGUAAGGGUGAGCAACGAGCUGGGAGCGAAGCACCCGAAAUCGGCGGCAUUCAGUGUAGUGGUGUCCACAGUAACAUCUCUGCUAAUAGCGAUUGUGUUCGCAAUCCUCGCCCUCGUUUUCCGUGAUCAGUACAGUUACGCCUUCACCUCCGGCAAAGUUGUUUCCGAUGCAGUUUCAGAUCUCACUCCAUACUUAGCUGUUGCCAUUAUCCUCAACGGAAUUCAACCUGUUUUAUCCGGUGUGGCUGUCGGAUGCGGAUGGCAAGCGUUUGUUGCGUAUGUGAACGUCGGUUGUUACUAUGUGGUCGGCCUUCCGGUCGGUGUACUUCUCGGCUUCAAAUUCAACCUUGGCGCUAAGGGAAUAUGGGCAGGUAUGUUGAUGGGAGGUACAUUAUUCCAGACAUUAAUCUUGAUAUGGGUUACUGUCCGAACCAAUUGGGAAACAGAGGUGAAGAACGCAGGAAACAGGAUAAAUAAAUGGAAUGAUGUAAAAGGGCAACUUGCGGUAGUUGAAUGAUACUGACUCAAAAGGGAAAUUCGGUUACAAAGGAUUCGAAAUCAGAUGAUUAUUUACCGUGUUUUGGCGAAGUUGUGCUAGGAAAAUAAAUUAAGAUUCUUGUCGGUUUUGUAUUAGUAAUAAGGAUCUUACUCCUCGCUACUCUCGACACGGUUAUUCAAAUUUUGUUCUUGUACUAUUAGUCUUUUUUAUCCUCUA